AGGCAGCAGCUGGAGAGGCAGGCAGCGAUAGAGGGCAGCAGGGAGCGGCAGGAGGGAGCAGGGCGAGCGCGUGUGACGUCAGGACGACAUGGAGACAAGGCAGCUCAUCCCGCAGCUGAAACGGCACUUCAGGGACCCACCAGGGCACUGUGGGGGGGGGGAAAGCAGUAUAUAAACUCGCGCGUACUGGGCGCAGUGCCGGUGGGGCAUGCGCACAAGCGCGCGCACCAGAGGGAAGCGCAACCCCCACCAGCGCAGCAGGGCGCGCGCCCUGGUGUGCGCGCACUGGGAAUUUGCGCCAGGCGCGCACCGUACGGGUUCCCAUCGCGCACCUGGGCAGUGUGCCGCAAGUAUACUUCAGUUUGCGUUCGAUCGUCCGAGAGAGAGAGAGAGAUGGGUGCAUUUGCGGAGGAGGGGAUUGGGGAGGGUGAAGUUAGUGAAGAAGAACCGAUGGGUGCAUUUGCGGAGGAGGGGAUUGGGGAGGGUGAAGUUAGUGAAGAAGAACCGGUCAUGAUGUUAAAGGAAAGGCGAGUUGAGGGAUCCCAGCGGGGGCCAUCGCGGACAUCGGCACAAGAUUCUUCAGGCAAUACUACUGACGGUGACGAUGCUUCGCUCGAUGCGUACCCUGCUGACAGAUGUCAUACAGGGAGUGCAGGUCUCGAGCUGAAGAGAGAAGAGGGCGUAGGAGGGUGUUCUGUUGAUGCGCACCCUUCGUACAGGUCUGAUCGGAGUGCAGGCAUAAAGGCUGAGAGAGAAGGUGGCGGAUCUGGUUGUUGUUUUCUUAAUCUUAAUUGCGAUGAAGCUGGGGAUGUAGAUGGGGAUGUAGAUGGGGAUGGUUUCACCACGACGACGAGCUCUACUAGACGACGGCAUGUCGUCAAUGGCAGUGCCCGAUCGCCGGUCGAUGGCCUACUUCGCGAAGACGUCAAGAAGAUGCAAUCAGAGGACGGCGGCAAAGGUGGUAUUGUAGGUAAGCAAGACGAGAAAGCAGCAGCAGCAGUGCGCUUUUUCUGCAAGCCUUAUUCCACUACUUUGUUCGACGUUCUUAUUGUGUUUAUGUGUCAUCUGUUCCCUUUCUCUGUUUUCGCCGCCAUUUCGGAAAUACUGCUCUUGAAAUGGGCUGUCGGGAAGUAUGGCUCGAUCGUCUUGACCAUCUUCUUUUCCUUCUCUCUCCUUCUUAUCGCUAUUCCCGGCUACUAUAUCCCUUCUGUGCGGGUCGUUCUUCGUUGUCUGUACGUUCCGCUGGCUAGGUACGUCAAAUCUAUGGCUUUUAUCGUGUCGACUGAUCUGGCCGUCUCUUCUUCUUCUCCCUCUGUUUCGUCCUCAUCUACCUCUGUCAAUGAGAGUUGUCAUAAAUUUGAGGACAAACGAUCCUUGAUCUUUGCCAUUCAUCCACAUGGACGUGUGUUUUAUACUCCCACGAUGUUAGCUCAGCUGCACGACGUGUGGCACGAGGGCGCUCUCGGCCGAAAGAACGAUCUGUUCAUUGGCGCUAGCAGCGGCUUUUUCUAUGUACCGGUCCUUCGGAAUCUGCUAUAUGCUGUGGGCGUGAUUCCAGUCAGCAAAUCUUCCGUCGUUAGGAAGUUGCGUGCUGGUAAUGACGUGAUUAUCGUUGUCGGCGGAAUCAAGGAAGUGUCGUUGGGCACGAGUGACCAUGAAGAUGUGUUGUAUCUUGUCAGAAGGAAAGGAUUCAUCAAGCUGGCGAUCGAAGAGAACGUGGGUGUGGUGCCCGUAUACUGCUUCAACGAGAAUAGUCUGUUCAAGCACGAUCCCAAAUGGUUCUUGAAAUUCUGGGAGAAAGUGAAUCGGCUUAUUGUAAUUGGGGUGCCUCUGUUCAGAGGGGUCUGGAAUACGCCCAUGCCCUAUCGAAGGAACAUCCUCGUAGCGUUCGGUGAACCCAUGUUUGCCAAGGAAGGAGAGUCAACGGACGCGUUUCACGCUAGGUACAUGCAAGAACUCAAGAACCUUUAUCACAAGCACGUUGCUCUUUCAGGACGUCCUGAUCACAAGCUAGUCAUAGUCUGAGGUUUUCGCAGAGGAUUCGUUCUCGCGCGCGCGCGUGUGUGUGUGUGUGUGUGUGUGGCUCAAUAACAUUUAUCACAAGCACGUUGCUCUUUCAC